CUUCCGUCUAGGGGUAUAUAUACUUCCGGUCUCUUCCACCAGGCGGAAGUGAGCGGAGCGGAGAGAGAAUACAGCGCUCCUUUCCGGUGUAGGGGCACAGUGGAAGCAGCAACCGAGGAAAGAGGUGUCUUUUGUGAGGAUGACGCGACAUGGCAAGAACUGCACGGCAGGGGCCGUCUACACCUACCACGAGAAAAAGAAGGACACAGCGGCCUCAGGCUAUGGGACCCAGAACAUUCGACUGAGCCGGGAUGCUGUCAAGGACUUUGACUGCUGCUGCCUGUCUCUGCAGCCCUGCCAUGACCCUGUUGUCACCCCAGAUGGCUACCUGUACGAGCGUGAGGCGAUCCUGGAGUACAUCUUGCACCAGAAGAAGGAGAUCGCUCGGCAGAUGAAGGCUUACGAGAAGCAGCGGGGCGCCCGGCGUGAGGAGCAGAAGGAGCUGCAGCGGGCCGCAGCGCAGGACCAGGUGAGGGGCUUCCUGGAGAAGGAAGCAGCCAUCGUGAGCCGGCCCCUCAACCCCUUCACGCCCAAGGCCGCCUCGGGGAACGACUCAGCAGAUGAUGGCCAACCUGGGCCCAGCGCAGGCCCCGCAGGCAAGGACAAGGACAAAGCGCUGCCCAGCUUCUGGAUCCCGUCGCUGACCCCUGAGGCCAAGGCCACGAAGCUGGAGAAGCCGUCCCGCAUCGUGACCUGCCCCAUGUCCGGGAAGCCACUGCGCAUGUCGGACCUGACGCCUGUGCGCUUCACGCCGCUGGACAGCUCGGUGGACCGCGUGGGGCUCAUCACGCGCAGCGAGCGCUAUGUCUGCGCCGUGACCCGCGACAGCCUGAGCAACGCCACUCCUUGCGCCGUGCUGCGGCCCUCUGGGGCCGUGGUCACCCUCGAGUGCGUGGAGAAGCUGAUUCGCAAGGACAUGGUGGACCCUGUGAAUGGGGAGAAGCUCACAGACCGCGACAUCAUCGUACUGCAGAGGGGCGGGACGGGCUUCGCAGGCUCCGGAGUGAAGCUGCAGGCCGAGAAGUCCAGGCCGGUGAUGCAGGCCUGAGUGCGCCCGAAACCAAAUAAACGGGCUUGGAUGCAACCGGCUAUGUGGCACCUUCAUUUAUCGCCCCGGAGCCCAGGGACAGCGGGCGAGGAGGCCGGGCCACGCGGGCAGCACCCCAGCGUGACUGCAGUUUGAAAGCGUGGGCUAAGAGUAUUUGAUGUGGUCUCACGUUAAGAGUCAAAUCUGAAUCGAAUGCAAAUGCACAGCCUUAAAUGGGCUGAGUGGCCAGAAGUCGGAGUCUGCCCCGCGACCUCUUGAGGGCGCCACCUGAACAGGCUAAGUACAAAUCCGCUCACAUCCAUUUGAAGCCCGUGAGAGGUCCGGGAAUGAGUCUCCCAGAGCAAAGUGUGAUAAGACACCCAAAGGAAAUGAAGUGCAGUGAGCAAGAGGGAGCAGCGGCAUUUAGUCUAGAGAAGUGGAUCGAGAACACCCCUUCUCCUAACACCUGACUGCUGAGGGGUGAAAAGGAAGAGGAAACCUCAAGUGCAAAGGCCCGGAGGCCGCAGAGUACUUGGUGGGGCGGGGGGGGGGGGUUGAAGAGUAGGAGGAGGUCAGAGUCCCUGGGCCUGGUGGACCUGCCUGGAGCUCAGAUUUGACUCGGAAGCAGGGGCAGCCCUUAAAGCUUUGUUUUUAGCAACCACUGAAUCACAAAAGCAGACCCUGUACAGUGUGGAAAAUUAGAGUGUACAGUCAAACAAAGAUUAAAAAAAUAAAGACUUAAAGUCCUGCCUCCCU